CCUCCUGAAAAGCCAGCCCGCCCGGGGCGGCGGCGCAGAGCCGGGCCGGCGCACGAGGCAGCCAGCGCGGCCAUGACGGCGGAGGAGGCGCUGCCCCUGGGCAACGGGAAGGCUGCUGAGGAGGCGCGGGAGUCCGAGGCGCCGGGUGGCGGCGGCGGAGGCGCGGCACCCGCGCGCGACCCGCGCGACAAGCGCGACAAGGCGGUCCACGAGCGCGGCCACUGGAACAACAAGGUGGAGUUCGUGCUGAGCGUGGCCGGGGAGAUCGUGGGGCUGGGCAACGUGUGGCGCUUCCCCUACCUGUGCUACAAGAACGGAGGAGGGGCUUUCCUGAUUCCUUACGUGGUGUUUUUUAUUUGCUGUGGAAUUCCUGUUUUUUUCUUGGAAACAGCUCUGGGGCAAUUCACAAGUGAAGGUGGCAUUACUUGUUGGAGGAAAGUGUGCCCUUUAUUUGAAGGCAUUGGCUAUGCAACGCAGGUGAUUGAGGCCCAUCUAAAUGUGUACUACAUCAUCAUCCUGGCAUGGGCCAUUUUUUACCUAUGCAACUGCUUUACCACGGAGCUCCCCUGGGCCACCUGUGGGCAUGAGUGGAACACAGAGAAUUGUGUGGAGUUCCAGAAACUGAAUGUGAGCAACUACAGCCAUGUGUCCCUGCAAAAUGCCACCUCCCCCGUCAUGGAGUUUUGGGAGCACCGGGUCCUGGCCAUCUCCGAUGGGAUCGACCACAUCGGGGACCUCCGCUGGGAGCUGGCCUUGUGUCUCCUGGCAGCCUGGACCAUCUGCUACUUCUGUAUCUGGAAGGGGACCAAGUCUACAGGAAAGGUUGUGUAUGUCACGGCCACCUUCCCCUACAUCAUGCUUUUGAUCCUCCUCAUACGAGGGGUCACAUUGCCUGGGGCUGCCGAGGGCAUCAAGUUCUACCUGUACCCAGACCUCUCCCGGCUCUCCGACCCACAGGUCUGGGUAGAUGCUGGAACACAGAUCUUUUUCUCCUAUGCCAUCUGCCUUGGCUGUCUGACUGCUCUGGGAAGUUAUAACAAUUAUAACAACAACUGCUACAGGGACUGCAUCAUGCUCUGUUGCCUGAACAGUGGCACCAGCUUCGUGGCCGGGUUUGCCAUCUUCUCGGUCCUGGGCUUCAUGGCAUACGAGCAGGGUGUGCCCAUUGCCGAGGUGGCAGAAUCAGGCCCAGGCCUGGCCUUCAUUGCGUACCCCAAGGCUGUCACCAUGAUGCCUCUGUCCCCACUGUGGGCCACCUUGUUCUUCAUGAUGCUCAUUUUCCUGGGCCUGGACAGCCAGUUUGUGUGUGUGGAGAGCCUGGUGACGGCUGUGGUGGACAUGUAUCCCGAGGUCUUCCGGAGGGGCUACCGGCGGGAGCUGCUCAUCCUAGCCUUGUCAAUCGUCUCCUACUUUCUGGGCCUCGUGAUGUUAACAGAGGGCGGCAUGUACAUCUUCCAGCUCUUUGACUCCUACGCCGCCAGCGGGAUGUGCCUUCUCUUUGUGGCCAUCUUCGAGUGUGUCUGCAUCGGCUGGGUGUACGGGAGCAACCGGUUCUACGAUAACAUCGAAGACAUGAUUGGCUACCGGCCGUUGUCACUCAUUAAGUGGUGCUGGAAGGUCGUGACCCCUGGGAUCUGUGCGGGCAUCUUCAUCUUCUUCCUGGUCAAGUACAAGCCGCUCAAGUACAACAACGUGUACACCUACCCGGCCUGGGGCUACGGCAUCGGCUGGCUCAUGGCCAUGUCCUCCAUGCUCUGCAUCCCGUUCUGGAUCCUCAUCAAGGUGUGGAAGACAGAGGGGACUCUGCCUGAGAAAUUCCGGAAGUUGACGAUCCCCAGCGCUGAACUUAAAAUGCGGGGCAAGCUUGGGGCAGGCCCACGGACGGUGAUGGUUAAUGACUGUGACGCCAAACUCAAGGGCGACGGGGCCAUCGCCACCAUCACAGAGAAGGAGACGCGCUUCUGAGCGGCCGGCUGCCACCUUGGGUUCCUCUCCUUCCUCUCUCCCCCUGUGUGUGUAAAUGAAUAUCUGAAACACAUACUUCACCUAAUGGUAGGGCUUGCUCAUUUUGCACAUGAUUUAUUAACACGUUAAUUUGCAGGUGGCCAUUGUACACUCUGGUAUAAAGUCUCUUUCAUUCCUGUCCUCGCCCCGGUCAUCAUGGAAGUAACCACUGCGAAGAGAUACUACUGUACAGCGUCUAGCAAAAUUUUCUCGUUCUAGGGCAGUUUUAAUCAAUGUUUUCUAGGGGAUAGGCAAAAGUGUAUAGUAUUGUAAAACUUUUAUACUUGGAUUGUGGGCAGGUGAGUUGGGGAGCCAUGCCUUCCCUCCUCUGUCAGCCUUCUAAAUGACCAUAACAUGUCCCUGUCUCUGACCUGGGCAGCCACCCCUCUGUGCGCCAGGGAAAGUUUUCUCUAAACCUUCUCUUUGCAGAGGGCAGUGGGUUUGCAGACAGCAAGGUCAAGGCUGUGGGGCAGAGGAGAAAGGGUCCUGUCAAGCCCAGAAUCCCUGAGUCAAACCCUUCUCUCUGCCCAGAUCCUACUAAGAGACCUUGGGUAUUCCCUUCUUCUUUCUGUGCCUCAGUUUCCUCAUCUCCCAAAUUGGGUGAUCCUUUCGGAUUCUCUUUACAGAUCUCUCUGGCUCAAAGACCUGCCUUCAAUGAUCCCUUCUGGAGACUUGCAGGCAAUAAUCUCAGUCCUCCUCCCUCCCCUGUCCACCUGCUUAUUUAAAAUAGAGAUUAUCAUGGAAAUGAAGUGGUAGGGAUGUGUGUUUGCCCCCAAAACUCUAGUUUUAGCUUACCUGGGUGAAGCCCUGCCCACUGAUGACCAGCAGGUCCUUGGCCCUCAUGGCCAGGGCUCCUUCCGUCUGGCCUGCCCUCCCCUCCCGGUCCUGUACUGUUACCCCAGUGCUGUCUCUGAUUUUCUGCGUCAGGAGGCAGCUAUCUGUUCUUGCAGCUGCCUGGCCGGGAUCUGUGUGUCAAGACCUUCCUCCAGGGAGCUACAGUGGGGCCUGAUGCCUGGUGUCCUCCCAAGGCCCUUCCCUGUCCCUGGCCACCGCUUCUCUCUCCUGCUGUCCCCUCGUCAUCCCCACCAUCCUGCUUCUCAGUUCUCUACCCAUCUGUAUCCUUUGUUCAGGAGCCAUCAUCCCACCUGCUUCUAUCAUGGUGGGAGGGGGGAUUAGAAGCCCCCACUCUUGCUGGAGGAAGAAGUGGGUGUAUGGAGUCUGCAGCGGGGGCUGGUGUCACCCCCUCCCACCUUGCUGAUACCUCUCUUCUCUUCUAAUUGGACUUUACAUCAAGCCUCUGCUUCGGUUUCUGAGCUCUCUGUUGGGUUGGGAAAGGUGCAUUCUUUUUUCAUUUUUCUUCAUGGUCCCAAUUUUAUUUGAUGGAAACAUGAGCUUCUAACCCAAGGCAGGGGACUCCCGUGGAAACUUGCUCCACAAGUUUCUAAACUGUGUCUACUUUGGCUAGCCCCCAUAUGAAGUUUGCUAAAAGGGCUGCUGAGUGUCCUUUGGGCAGAGAGGGACACCCGGCCCAGGCCUCUUCCCCACUCUGUGUACACAGCUCCCAGCUGCCUAGCCUCUGACAGGCCACGUCCCCCUCUCAUCUCCUGAGCUGUCUGGGCUGAGCCGGGCCCCUGCUUGUGUUUGCCCCCAUCUGUUGUCCUGCAGCAAGUCCCAAGAGGAAGGGAUUGUCCAGCGUCCCCGCAUCCCACGUUUCCAUCACUGCUGCUGCCGGCUUUCCACCACCAGCUCUUUUGGACUCAGAGAUCCCUGCAGUCUGUGUCACUGACCACGUGGCACUUAACAGUUGACUCACUUAACCCUACUCAUGGGGCAGGGUGGAAGGCUGAUUGUUGUUUUUGUUUUUUUUUUUUUUUUUGUAAUUUCCUACUAGUAUUUGGGCAACUCGGGGGGUAGGGAGGGCACCGUGGGGGCAGGGGAACACAUCAUUGUGAUGACUUUUUGAUAUUCAUUAGAAACAAAACAUCCUUUCUGAGAUAUUUACAGUAUUAUUAAAAAUGAAAAAGAUUAUUGGGUAUUCCAAGGGCACAAGAUUGUCUGCUUUUACUCAUUUUUAAAAAUUAAAGAAAUGAACAA